GUGCGCGUGUGUCUGUUUGGAGAGAGGAGGAGGCUUGGAUGACAGGCGAGGGGUAGGGGGAAGAGUUCAGCCUGAGUCACAGUCUCAUUCACUGAUUUCUCGGCGGCUGCACCGGGGCCGCCUCCCCAAGCGGCUCCCAACUAUUCCCGUAGCUCCGCAGUCCCACCUCCUGCCGAGCCACUCUCAGCCAGGCUGGCGGACGGACAGACUCGCUAGUUGGCAUCUUCACUCCCGAGGGUGUUGCGAGCGCAGGCGGCGAGAACUGGGCGCCCCGGCGCGGCAAGGUGGGAUGCCGUGUAGACAGCGCUAAGUGCCCCCUCGCUGGGCGCGGGGCGCACCCGCUCCUGGCCGCGGGCCGAGCGGCGGCGUUGGAGGGGAUGAGCCCGGGACGCGCAAGGCGCCUGUCGCGAGCUACCGCCCGGAGGGGGACGCCAAGCAGGGCUCAUCGCAGGACCGCGUGGACCCCUGCCCCCCGCAGCACGCGGCUGCGGAGCCUCGGGGCCGCGUCUGUGGUCAGGAUGCACCGGGCGCCUCCCGGCUGGUGAGGAUGCCCUGCCGCGCGGCUCGGCUUCCCCAGCCCGGGUCCCAGGUGGGCACGACUGAGUGGGCCCGGCUUCGGCCCCUCGUGCCGGCGGAUGAAAAGCGCCGGAGCCCUUGGGUGCGAUCAGCGAUCGAAUCUGAAUUCUAAGCGCCAUGGACGAAGGCACUGGACUACAGCCCCCGGCGGGAGAGCAGCCGGAGGCCGGGGCCUCGGCAGGAGCUGUCCAGGAACGGUGCGAGCCGGAGACCUUGAGGUCUAGGAGUUUGCCGGUCCUGAGCAGCGCCCCCUGCCGGCCGCCCCUCAGCCCUGCGCGUGCAGACGCCGAGCCUGCCGCGGGCUGCGCGGAUCCUUUGGGCCACCAGGAGUCGAAGCAAGGCCCGAACCUGACGGCCUCCAGCCCCUCUGACCCGUCCCCGACGGCGGGGAUGGCGGGGCUCGUGGACUGUAACCACAGGGUGGACGUGAGCAAAACCGUCUCGCUGUCCUCCACGCUGGCCACGCUCCAGGAGAGAAGGUGCCUCCACGUGGUCCUCACGGAUUCCCGAUGCUUCCUGGUUUGCAUGUGCUUUCUGACCUUCAUCCAGGCGUUAAUGGUCUCGGGAUACCUGAGCAGCGUCAUCACCACCAUCGAAAGGCGCUACAGUCUGAAGAGUUCCGAGUCGGGGCUGCUGGUCAGCUGCUUUGACAUCGGGAACCUGGUGGUGGUGGUGUUCGUCAGCUACUUCGGCGGCCGGGGUCGGCGGCCCCUGUGGCUGGCGGUGGGCGGACUUUUCAUCGCCCUCGGGGCCGCGCUCUUCGCCUUACCUCACUUCAUCUCACCGCCCUACCAGAUCCAAGAGCUGAACGCCUCGGCCCCAAACGACGGCCUGUGUCAGAGCGGCAACUCCACGGCGGCUUUGGAGACCCCGGCCUGCCCGAAGGACUCGGGAGGAAACAGCCACUGGGUCUACGUGGCUUUAUUCAUUUGCGCGCAGAUCCUCAUUGGAAUGGGCUCCACACCUAUUUAUACCCUGGGACCAACCUACUUAGAUGACAAUGUCAAGAAGGAAAACGCAUCCUUGUACCUAGCCAUCAUGUAUGUCAUGGGAGCACUUGGCCCUGCUGUGGGAUAUUUAUUAGGUGGACUUCUUAUUGGUUUUUAUGUUGAUCCGAGAAAUCCUGUUCACCUUGACCAGAAUGACCCUCGUUUCAUUGGCAACUGGUGGAGUGGAUUCCUCCUUUGUGCCAUUGCAAUGUUUCUUGUGAUAUUCCCAAUGUUUACUUUUCCAAAAAAGCUUCCACCUCGACACAAGAAAAAAAAAAAGAAAAAAUUUUCUGUUGAUGCUGUUAGCGAUGAUGACGUUCUGAAGGAGAAGUCAAACAAUAGUGAACAAGCGGACAAAAAAGUUUCUUCUAUGGGAUUUGGAAAGGAUGUCAGAGACCUACCAAGAGCAGCUGUCAGGAUCUUAAGCAACAUGACAUUCCUUUUUGUGAGUUUGUCAUACACAGCUGAGAGUGCCAUUGUAACUGCUUUCAUUACCUUCAUUCCCAAGUUCAUCGAGUCACAGUUUGGUAUCCCAGCUUCCAAUGCCAGCAUCUACACUGGUGUUAUUAUUGUCCCCAGUGCUGGUGUUGGUAUUGUCCUGGGAGGCUACAUUAUAAAAAAAUUGAAACUUGGUGCCAGAGAAUCUGCAAAACUAGCCAUGAUCUGCAGUGGUGUGUCUUUACUGUGUUUUUCAACCCUAUUUAUUGUUGGAUGUGAAAGCAUUAAUCUAGGAGGCAUAAACAUCCCUUAUACAACAGGACCUUCCCUCACCAUGCCCCAUAGGAAUCUGACGGGAAGCUGCAAUGUCAAUUGUGGUUGUAAGAUACAUGAGUAUGAGCCAGUCUGUGGGUCCGAUGGAAUUACAUACUUUAACCCUUGUCUGGCUGGCUGCAUUAAUAGUGGUAACCUUAGCACUGGGAUACGGAAUUAUACAGAAUGCACCUGUGUCCAAAGCCGACAAGUGAUCACUCCACCCACGGUGGGACAGCGCAGUCAGCUCCGAGUGGUGAUUGUCAAAACGUAUCUCAACGAGAACGGCUAUGCUGUGUCCGGGAAGUGCAAACGGACCUGUAAUACCCUUAUCCCAUUCUUAGUUUUUCUUUUCAUAGUCACUUUCAUCACAGCAUGUGCCCAACCAUCAGCCAUCAUUGUAACACUCAGGUCUGUAGAAGAGGAAGAGAGACCUUUUGCGCUGGGAAUGCAGUUUGUUUUGUUGCGAACACUUGCAUACAUUCCUACUCCAAUUUACUUUGGAGCAGUCAUUGAUACCACCUGCAUGCUCUGGCAACAGGAAUGUGGAGUGCAGGGCUCUUGCUGGGAGUACAACGUGACGUCGUUUCGUUUUGUCUACUUCGGUUUGGCGGCCGGCCUCAAAUUCGUGGGCUUUAUUUUUAUCUUUCUGGCCUGGUACUCCAUAAAAUACAAGGAGGAUGAACUGCAGAGGCAGAGGUGGAGAGAAUUUCCCCUGAGCACUGUGAGUGAGAGAGUGGGCCGCCCCGACAACCCCCGGACUAGAUCUUGCCCCGCUUUCAGCACCCAGGGAGAAUUCCAGGAAGAGACUGGUCUGCAAAAAGGGACCACAGCACAGACCUACCCGGGGCCCUUCCCAGAAGCAAUAAGUUCCUCUGCAGACCCAGGGCCGGAAGAGAGCCCUGUUGCUAUGUAGCAGCCUUCCUGAAGCUUGAAGAUGGAAGAAUUUAGUUUUGUUGGUUGAGUUGAAUAUGGCGACUUGAGAAACAACCGUGCCUUCUUUUCUUUCUUUUUUUAAUCUCUGCAGACACAAUCCUCAAACCAACAGAACUCAGUAUACACAGCCACUAUUGAUUGAGGGCUGGAUACCUCAACAAGACUGAGAGCCUUCCACCCCGCCGCCCCAAGACGGAGGAGGUUAGAUAGAUUUGUUACCAUUUCCACUAUGUUAAUUUAAAGUUCAUGCUCCAGAGGUACAUGGUUAACAAAACCACGGGAAGGGGAAUGGUGGUGCAUAUCAUUAGUGUACACAGGUGAGCUUGACCAUGACUUUGCAUUUACAAAUCAACGUUUUUAGAUAUGAACACCUACUGUGAGUUCUGCUACAAAGCACAAAUGAAUUUGCUUCAACUAUGCAAUUUGAUUGGAAAAAUGUUAAGUGCAGCAUGUUACUUUUUGCUUUCACAGAUACGGUUUUGAAAAGAGGAAGCUAAACUUUCCCUACGGUACUGUUAAUAGCAUUUUAAGCCAUAGCAGAGUUCUAAAUCAGGUAGAAUUUUUCAGAUGCUUCAGAGGAACCAUAUGCAUAGCAAGAUAAAAGGAACAGCUACUUCAUUUCAGGAGACACGUUUCUCUCCUAGUCUGACUGCCCCGUCAUAAGGUAGUUAAAGAAGCUGCUGAAUCAUAAAUUUGAUGGCUUAAAUAUAAACUCCAGUAUUCUUUCAUAAGGAGCUUUAAAACUAGUGUGCUAAACAAUAUGACUAAACUGUAGUUCGAGAUGCAUCAUAAGGAAAGAAGCAGAUGGCUUUCUUAUCCAAGGAAAUUGCUGUUGAAAUUCCUUUAGUUCUUAAGGAUCCAUGAAGUCGUCGGGAAAAGUCCCUCCUGAGCAUUUUAGCUAUAUCUUGAAAGCAGUGGCAAAUCUGCAUUGUUUUCUUUUUUUCUGGAUGGAAAAUUGCUGUGGUUGCUCCUGAAAAUGAGUAAUGACAUCAGGAAAGCUGUACUUGGGGUAUAAGAAACACUUUGCAUACAGGAAGAGGGAGAUCUGUGAUCUGUGGGCCGAGAAUAUAAUCCUAAAUCAUGAUUGAAGAUUGUUUAAAAUAAACCAGUCUCUCAUAUUGAUUCCUGCUUUAUCAGAGUUAGAAUCAUUUUAUACCCACCCCCCACCUUGAUUCCCUCCUACUGUAACCUUCCAGUAGUGAUUCUGAGGGAGGAUUUUUCUGUUUUUAAAAUGCACUUUGGGUUCAUUAUCCAUCAUUCUGUUCAGCACCUCCCAGCACAUCACUUUGACUUAGGCCCCACACAGAAUGCUUUUGUAUGGUUCUUGAGAUUGAUGCCUCCUGACAGCACUCAUGGAUUGACGGUAAGUCAGCUCGUGGGAUCUGGCUGUGAGGGGCCGUAAGGUCCAAAUACAGAUAUGAUUGUGAACCGUUUCUGCCGAGGAGCCCGUGCUUAUGUAGGGCUAAUGUGGGAAACGGCUUCCUCUUCUGGUUCACACUCAUCCAACAGAACAAAUGUGAUUGACAGACCGUUUUGUGAUUUAGGCUUUUGCCCUCCAUCCUUGCUUGGGUGCACAACUGGAAUUCUGUGAAUAUUGCUGGAUACAGGGUUGUUUUCCUUCCUCCCUAGGAAGGAUGUUGGUCAACUAGAUCUCUUGGUUGCAUGCAAUUUGUGGAGAGGGUUAUCACUAUUAGACUGAAUAACGUCUACAACAGGUAGAACUAGUGGUCUCAGGUGACAAGGACUUCCCUUUGGCCCUUGGGCUUGGCUCUCGGGGAGGUGAGCAGUCUUGCUUAGCUAAGGCUGUAACUGCACUGGUAUCUGCUAGACUUUGGUCAGUGUGAUGAGUAUUGAAGGCUGUCAGAAAACCUUGCUGAUUAACCUGGUGUCUACUCUGGGGCCUCAGGGUUCCCCUUUACCCUUUACGGGAGAUCUUUGAUCUUUUGGAAGAGAAAGUGUCCUUUGGUGAAGGAGCUAAAGAUGUGUAGGCUGGAGAGGGCUGGUAUUUUCUUAAUUUUCAUCUGAUCAUUAGGAUACUGCAUUGACAGAAUUCUGGUAGGAUUGGCUUUUUUUUUGGUAUGAAUAGUUAAGAUGGUUAGACUCACCAGGGGUAAUUAGAGAGCCUCUCCCACGCCCUUUUCUACUUUGAACAGUCAUCCAUUUCAGCAACCGCUGGCCGAGCACCAGUUAUCUGUCAGGUGCCAUUUUACCUGAUUCCAAUCUGCCACUCCAUGAAAUCCUUUGGAACUCAAAGAAAUUGGUCUAAAAUGUGCACCACAAUGUUAAUAUUGUACUUCCUCAAGUAUAUGCUACUUUUAAAUAGCAGGCAUAUUAUUAAUGUGUUGUUGGUGAAUAUAGACUAAGUAGUAAAAAUUGUGAAAAAAUAAAGUUUUGGAAUAUGUGCCAAUAAGAGUUGUUUCCAAAAUACUUUGGGCUAUGGUAGCAUCAUGGAAUAUUUCAUAGCCAAGUAAAGUGACUAUUUUAGAUGAUACCAUUUCAUUGUAUAUAUAAGGCCUUAGAUGUUUACUAACAAAUAGGUCAUGUUGCUUUAUAGUCACAGCUCCUAUUAGAAGUUUUAAUUACUACCUUCCAUGAGAUUAGGCUUCAAAUUACUUGUUUUGGCAAAAGAUCAUCUUGUUCCUUUAUAAACUCUGUAAAUUAAUGUAUUAUUUGGCUUUAAUAUGCAAAUAUAAUAUCCUUGAGUUCAGUCUUGUUAAUUUAGAAACUCCCAGGGGGUGGGAUGGGUAGUUGAAACACAUGCUUUUGGUUAUUUUCAUUAGCAUGAAAUCCUUAUUCUUAAGUCUUUUAAGGUUUAAUUCUUAAAAAUAGUCAAAAGUUAUUCAGAGUCAAGGUGUAUUGGGGAUGAGGAGAAUGGAGGAGCAGAGAGGAAACAAAUUAGCAUUUAUUGAGUGUUGGCUAUUUGCAGAGCAUUUUGUCAAGCAGUUAAGCAUCAUUCAUGUCAGUCCUCUUAAUAACCUUGCAAAGAUUUUAUUCUUUUUUUUUUAAAACAGAUAUGAAACAAAGGCUCAGAGAGGUAAAGUAACUUGUUUAGAAUUGUACAGAAUGGCAAAGUCAGGAUUCAGAGAUAAGUUUCCCUGACUCCAUUAUUUGCUUCUUAUGCUACAUAAUGCAAACAGUAGUUUUUGAUUAACAAAGGUAACAUGUGACUAUAAAAUAGUGAGGUUAAAGCAUUUCAUUUUUUGAUGUAUUACUGUUUCUGAAGAGUAGAUAUUUUUUGUGUGUGUAAGCAGAAAAAGCUAUAGGAAACAUCAGUAGGAAACAUCAAGAUUUAAUGUUUAAUUAGAUUUUCAAGGCAAAUUUACAUUUCUUUGGCUAAGUGUUCUAUUAAAAAGUAUUUGUCAUAACAUACCUCAAAUAUUUAUUGAUAGUUCAUAUUUAAUGUAGAACAAAUUCAAUUUGGGUAUUAACAUCAAGUCUCAGCAGAGUUUCUGAAAUGAAAUAUUAUGGCAAAACAUAGUUCAGAUUUGUUGAAUCUGAGCUUUGGGGAUUUCAGGUGUAUUUUUCUUUCUUUGAGAAUAUUAACAUUUCCAUGAGGUUUUUUUUUUUUUUUUUUGUGAAUCUCAGUUUUAAGAUUCCUAAUAAGGAGUUUAAAUGAGCAUACAUAAAAUACACACCAAACCCCUGACCCCGAUUGUGACCUUUCGUAGCUGUGACAACAAACUGCAGCAUGCACUUGGAAAUGUCAGCCUUCAGAGAAGGGAGUAACCAGGUGUAGGGCCUAGUGCAGGUAAUGGCAGUCCUACAUUAUCACCAACCACUGAGAAAAUUCUUCACUCCACAAUUCCAGCUUGCAUUUUUUGGUGGACUUGGAGCCUGAAAGUUUCUUUUUGGACCUUGUUUUGUAGCAACCGUCUGUGUACCAAAGAGAAGCUUCAUAGUUUGGAUGAACUUGAAACAUCUGGGAAUUCUCCAGUGCACCCAGGAGCAGGAGGCAAGCCCAAGCCUAGGGUGGUAGCCAAUUAUGUCUCAUGAUUGUGUGUGUACUUAAAACAUCACAGACAGAACAGAAUUCGAACAUAACUAUUGAUAUAUAGGUGCAUACUGAUUAUUCUAAGUAGCAGAUAGAUACCAAAAUACUGUAUAAUCCCAUCAUUGCCUAGACUGCAGGUCUGCUAGUUCUCUGCUAUACAGACUCAUAGGUAGCCUUGACACGUAUUUGUGUUUCCUCUUCCAUAGUAAGGGCAUGCCAUUGGCUGGCAGGUGAAGUUAGUUGCCUUGUGCACUUUAUCUUUUCUGUCUUCUCUCUUCUUCCUCUUCCAGGAUGCUGCUGGCUGUAUCUGUCCCAGACUUCUUGUUGCAUUAGAAUCAGACCUGUGUAUGUUUGAAGAGGUUUUAUUUUAGGCACUUCAUUUUUACUCAGCCCUAGGAAGGGUUAAAUAAGACACUCACCCUCCUAGGUGUUUGCUUUUGCAACAAUAAAAAAAAAUGCCUUGGUGCUAAAAGUAUUUAAUGAUGCAUGUUCACCACUAAAGAGCGCCACUGAAUUUACAGUAUUUUACUAAUAAGGGGCUGCAUGUGCUUUGCGUUUGGAAAUCUGGAGAAUGUCCCAGAAAACAAGCACCCAUUACUCUCAUUUCAACAGUUAAUCCAUGAACUCUAUGCUGCAAAAAUGAAGAGUGUGAGGGGGAAUACUUUUCUAUGGAAAACUCAGCGCUUUUGAUAUUUAUUUAGCAAGAAUAAUCAGAUGCUAAAAAUAAUUUCAGAGAGAGGUAAAAAAAUUUCAGAUACUCUUUUCUUAUUUCUUCUCCAAAAAGCUUACACCCAUAUAAGGUGUUUUUUAACAUUGGGGUUUUGAAGGUGUUGUCUUUUUUGGUAUUCUACCAUUACAUGUUAAAAUUGAAGGAGACAAUAUUAUUGAAAAUGCAAGUAAUUGCAGGGACAUGGUAAACCAAAGGGGUGAACAAAAGAGGCAUAAAGUGUGUAUCUAGAAAUGAAAAAUAAGAAUAAUUGGUAAGACUAGUACCAUUGGUAAUUGGUAAUUAAUAAUUGCUAAGACUAGUACCAAAUAGCGGGCAUUUUUCUUAAAAUACAUACCUCUACCAAAACCCCCAAAUGUUAAGUUAGAAGCACGAAGCAGGCAGAGCCUCCAACUCUUUUGUUUAAGGAAAUGUAAUACUGUGUCAAAUAAACUGGCAUUAGGAUCUUAGUGGAGUGUGUGUUUAGCGUGUGUGCAUUUUUGUGUGCAGAGGUGUGCUUGUGAUGAAAGGUUGUUUUUCGUUGUUGCAUAAAGAAGUUUGAUUUUGUGAUUUUUAAAAUGAAUAUUUAUUUGAAGACCUCUUAGGGUAAUUUAAAAGAUGUAUAACUUCCUUGUGUUUCAUGAAAUCUAUUGUCGAUGUACUGAUAAAUCUUGGUUUACAACAUCUUGAAUACUUGAUCAUUGAAAAUUAAGAAAAAAAUUUUAAAAAAUGAAUAAAGUGUGUUGGAUUGAAA